AUGGUGCCCUCGAUACCAUCCAUCGUGGCCCGGCCGCUUACGCGCGGGGCAGAUGUAGUCCGCGGAGCUCUGGGCAGCUUGACUUGGGAGCCAGCCUUGGCUGUAGCCAAGCCGAUGAUACUCUCCAUCUUCUCCAAGAUCGAAGUCGGAACGUUGUUGUUGGUUGACGAGCCCGCCGGAACGAGACUGGUAUAUGGACAGAGGCUUAACUCGAAAGUCAUCGAACAAACGAAUGGUGACUACCCAAUGAGAAGGGCCGAUACGAUCCCGCGGGUCGAGGUGGUGGUCAAGAAUGAGGCCUUCUGGAUGCGACUCUUUUUGUUCGCCGACAUGGGUUUCGCAGAAUCUUACAUGCUGGGCGAAUUCGAGUGCGCCGAUCUGACCGCCUUCUUCCAUAUUUUUAUAGCGAAUAGAGAUCAGAUGAGCAAUGGGACGACACUGUUCUCCUCACUGUCGGGCGCAAUUACAAGUGUUGCGCGGACGACAAAUACACUAUCAAAUUCCCUUCUCAACAUUUCGGCGCAUUACGAUAUCAGUAAUGACAUGUUCGCGGCAUUCUUGUCAGACGACAUGACCUAUUCUUGUCCAAUCUGGAAAACCCCAACUAGUUAUAAUGAACGGGAGGAAACGCUCGAAGAAGCACAGAUAAGGAAGUUGAAUCGAUUCAUUGACGGCGCCAGGAUAAAAUCUACGGAUCACGUUUUGGAAAUCGGGACGGGCUGGGGAUCCUUCGCCAUCGAAGCCGUCAAGAGGACAGGGUGUCGAGUCACGAGUCUCACCUUGUCGAAAGAACAGAAGGUCCUGGCCGAGGAGCGCAUACGAGAAGCCAGUCUCUCGCACAGAAUAGACGUUCUGCUGAUGGACUACCGCAACCUUCCGGCAACGAACGCGCCGUACGAUAAGAUCGUCUCCAUCGAGAUGCUAGAGGCUGUGGGACAGGAAUUCCUGGCGACGUAUUUUGCGUGCGUCGAUCGGCUACUGAAGAAAAAGGGUGGGAUCGCCGUGUUCCAGUGUAUCACCAUGCCUGAGGGAAGGCACGAGGCUUACUCUAAGGGUAAAGACUUCAUUAAUAAGCACAUCUUCCCUGGCGGCUACCUGCCCUCAACCAUACAGCUACUCAACCACAUCUCGACGGAGUCCAAGGGCACGUUGAUCGUGGAGAAGGUCGAGAACAUCGGAGGGCACUACGCCAAGACACUUCGGCUGUGGAAGGACAACUUCCUGCUGAACUUCGAGUCGAAAAUCCGCCCGGCCCUCCAAUCGGAACAUCCCCAGAUGACGGAGGAAGAGAUCGAGGUGUUCGGACGGAAAUGGGAGUAUUACUUCACAUACUGCGAGGCUGGGUUCCUGACCAAGACGCUCGGCGAUGUCAUCAUCACGGUGGGUAGGGAGGGGGCCAUGGAGCUGAUGGAAGAUAUCCCUGUUUGA